CCCUGCUGCCGUGCGGGGCUUCCGGCAGCGCCUGGCCCGGCGGCGGCGGCGGCGCGGCCCGAGCUGCUCCGCCCUCCGGACGGGGUGACCUCGUGUGCAGCUCAAGUAUAUGUGUCUAGCUGACUUAUAAAUGAAAAUAUUUCCUCUUAUCAGAAAUAAAAUGCUUUCUAUGGGAAAAUCUGCUUCUCAUGCCAGGACUCUUCUGAAGACUUACUUUGUUGCUUGGCUUAAAGGAAGAUGAUGUUAAUGAAUUCUGAGCAUCCUUCAGGAAACUGGUGACCCUUCUAUCAUUAAUGAAUGCUGUUAUGAACAAUUUCAAAGGGUAAAGACAGUAUUUUUGUGGACUGUGUCAAGCUUCAGAUACUCUUCUACAGCUGUUUAGUGCAACGGCCAGAUGUUGUUUCAUACUUGAUUUCAUUUCUCUCUUUUCCAAAACACCACAAGCAGUUAAUGCACUUUAUAAAGGAGUCCUGACCUUUUGCAUCUUCUUAAGACCUAUCUAGAUGUCACCAGUGUUUCCCAUGUUAACAGUUCUGAGCAUGUUUUACUAUAUGUGCCUUCGGCGCCGAGCUAGGACAGCGACCAGAGGAGAAAUGAACAGCCGGAGGGCUAUUGAAUCAAACACCCGGGCCUUACCUAUCAAUGUUGAAAUAGUUCAGUAUGCCAAAGAAGUGCUGGAUUUCAGCUCUCACUAUGGUAGUGAAAACAGCAUGUCGUAUACCAUGUGGAAUUUAGCAGGUAGUCCAAACGUGUACCCAAGUUCUGGUGACUUUACUCAGACUGCGGUCUUUCGAACUUACGGGACCUGGUGGGAUCAUUGCCCCAGUGCUCGGCUGCCGUUCAAGAGAACACCACCCACCUUCUGUAGCCAGGACUAUGUGGAACUUGCUUUUGAGGAACCAGUUUAUCCCACUGCAGUGCACAUUCUGGAGACGUAUCAUCCUGGAGCUGUAGUCAGGAUUUUGGCAUGCUCUGCAAAUCCUUACUCACAAAAUCCACCAGCUGAAGUAAGGUGGGAAAUCCUUUGGUCAGAGGUACCUACAAAGGUGAAUGGUCCCCAGGCUCGGCAGUUCACACCUUGUAUCAAACAGAUCAACUUUCCCACAAACUUAAUCCGAAUUGAAGUGAACAGCUCUCUUCUGGACUAUUAUACUGAACUGGAUGCAGUAGUAUUGCAUGGUGUGAAAGAGAGACCUGUGCUCUCACUUAAGACUUCGAUGAUUGAUAUGAAUGAUAUUGAUGAAGAUGAGGAUGAAGACAAGUAUGGCUGUGGAAUGGACAACCUCAGUAAACAGUUCAGCAUUGUUACCCUCAGGGAAUGGCCGUCCAAUGGAUACUUUGACAAACUGCCUUAUGAGCUCAUCCAGUUGAUUUUGAGUCACCUCACAGUACCAGACCUGUGUAGACUAGCGCAAACUUGUAAGCUACUAUAUCAACAUUGCUGUGAUCCACUACAGUACAUUCAUCUCAGUUUACAACCUUACUGGGCAAGGAUUAAUGACACAUCUCUGGAAUACCUACAGUCUCGCUGCACUCUCAUCCAGUGGCUGAAUUUAUCUUGGACUGGAAACAGGGGAGCCAUCUCUGUUUCUGGAUUUAGCAGGUUCUUGAAGGUUUGUGGUUCUGAACUAGUACGUCUUGAAUUGUCUUGUGGCCAUUUCCUCAAUGAAACAUGCUUGGAGGUUAUUACUGAAAUGUGUCCAAAUCUUCAGGAAUUAAAUCUCUCAUCAUGUGAUAAAAUACCACCCCAAGCUUUCAACCACAUAGCCAAAGUGGGCAGCCUAAGGCGUCUCAUUCUCUACCGAACAAAAGUGGAGCAAACAGCCCUGCUCAGUAUCCUGAACUUCUGCUCAGAGCUCCAGCACCUCAGCCUCGGCAGCUGCGUCAUGAUUGAAGACUAUGAUCUUAUAGCAAGCAUGAUGGGAGCAAAAUGCAAAAAGCUUCGCAGUCUGGAUUUGUGGAGAUGUAAAAACAUAACUGAAAGUGGAAUAGCAGAAUUAGCUUCAGGCUGCCAGCUUUUGGAAGAACUUGAUCUUGGCUGGUGCCCGACGUUGCAGAGCAGUACAGGCUGUUUCACAAACCUUGCACGUAAACUCCCAAAUUUGCAAAAACUCUUUCUUACGGCCAACAGGUCUGUGUGUGACACAGACAUUGAGGAGCUUGCUGCUAACUGUACACGUUUACGGCAGCUGGAUAUUUUGGGGACAAGGAUGGUAAGCCCUGCAUCUCUAAGAAAAUUGCUGGAGUCUUGUAAAGAUCUUUCUCUACUUGAUGUGUCCUUCUGUUCACAGAUUGAUAAUAGAGUUGUCCUAGAACUGAACACCAACUUUCCUAAUGUGUUCAUAAAAAAGAGUUUCACCCAGUGACUCACGACAUAUGCUGCUGUGGAAUUCAUUUGACAGAACUGUUUCCUGUGAAUUUGUGCUGACUUUGUUUUUAAGAAGAGUAUAAAUCCCCUGUGAAAUAAUGGACAGUAUUAAUUAUCUACACAAAUGGGUAAAACACAUUGAAACAUAUUAUGCAUCUCUUAAAGACCUGGUAAUGUACUUGAGGAUCAUUUUACUCCAUGUUAAUAGGUGGCACUGCAUGUUUUUACAUACCAGCCAUGUGUGACUUGAAUGAGAUGAAAACUGAAAACAUCUUCUUAAAUAUCCCUUUAUUGGAUGUGAAACACAAUAAUCUGUGUUAAUAUCCAGGUGAAAGCAGAAGUUCAAUAUUUAGCAGUAAGGAAAAGAUGGGUGCUGCCCUUCCAUGUAUAUGUUUGUGUGUGUGUAUAUAAAUGUAUUUCUAUAUACAUACACAGAUACUGUAGCAUUCUAGUUUGGUCUGUAGUAUAAGAUGUUAUGAUCUGGGCUAUAAGUUGUUGUUUGAGAACCUGUUUAAACUUGUGUAAGAAUGGGUUGGAAUGGCACUUUGUCUUCUUCAUUCUUUUGGCUAUGAAUUCUGUCUGAAGCAAUUUUCUCUUCAUCCACCUGAAAUAGAAGUAGUGAUGCUUUAAAGUCCAGCCUAAGCUACACAACAGAAAAGUGCAAGAAUCUUCCACCUGAACCUAGAGAAGAAAUGGAAGAGAAAAUGACUGUCUGCAUCUUGGUAUUGGAUGUAAAGUUUGAGUCAGGUACUUAACUUCCUAACCAGUUAUGUUUGGAAAACUCCAGAGCAAUAUUCUUUUCAAAUUUCUGUUAUGGUCAAGGCUUAAUUUGUGAUACAUCUGGUUAUCAUACGUAGUACCAUAAAAACAUGAACUUAGGUAAUGCAUUAGCAAAUGUCCCUUAUAGUGGAAUCAAAUCUACUGUCAAGUGUAAAACCAGACAGCUUUGUUCAGUAAAACAGCAAUGGAAAUAUAAUACCUGAUUUAAUAAUUGCCAAACCUUAGUAUUGGACUUGGUUUGGGUUUGGGGUUUUAUUUAAUUUUUUGUGUGUUUAUCCAAGAGGUGAUCACCCGAAGUACUGUUGUACUCUCUCUUUUAACACCUUAGCCUCUGGAAAAGGAAGGACCCAGCCCAUGGACAAAUUCUAGAGGCAUCUUCCUUCUGCAUUUCCAUGGAUGAAGGGGUUUUUUGCUGUGUUUUUUUUUUUUAAAAAAACAAACUAUUCUCAGUAAUUUUACAAUUUCUUUUAUUUUUUGUUUCUGAACAGCAACAAGGAUGGUAAGCCCUUCAUCUCUAAGAAAAUUGCUAGUGUAUAGCAACAUACUCAUGUUGCUCUGUACAGCCUGAAUUUAUAGUUGCACCUUUUUAGCCAUUAUUGAUGAAUAUGGACUAUGAAAUGGAGCCUGUCAUUUGAUAUUGGUUCCACUGUUCUUGUCUUGACGGCACUUGUUACCUACUGGAAUAAGAAGAAAAAUAUUUUGUCUGGCAGAAGCAUGUUGCUGCACCGAACAUCACUGACAAAGAAUAACUUCAGUUUAUGCAGUAAAUAACCAACAGCUACCAUAGAACUGCCACAAAUCAUUAAAGAUUUGACAAUCUCUGUGACUCCUGAAUGAAAGCUUUGAACUCUUUGUGCUGGUGCCAGUCCUUUGUAAAGCUUGUUGUGAAGCAGCUACAGGACAGUUAUCUGAUUUUAUAAAGACUAGUUUUUUAAAUAUUACAGUCUUUGGGGAAUUCUAUAUCCAAAGAAGGACAUGCACAGUUGGUUUUGUGAUAUUUUUUUUUAUUCCACACAGAUGGCACUGUGGGAUUUCCAACUACACAAUUCCAUUCCGUGUAUUAUAUUUUUCCCAGAAAACAGGACAUUGUCAGAUCUUCAGAUUGAUUUUAAUUUUUUUUUCCCCCACUGACAGAUUCCAGUUUGGGUGUUACUCUGUGUGAGACCUCAUUUCUUUCAGUCAGGAUUGGAUUGAUUUAUUUUUCUGGAAUUUUACAUUUAGCUUUUUUUAUCUGCAAGUAAUAUUUUUCAUUGUAAUUGAGUAGUGAACAUUAUUGUUCUAGUUAUAGGAGAAAACAGGUUCAGAUAAUAGGAGUUUACAAAGAAAAGUAUUUUUUUAAAAGAUUUUGUUGUGAAAUUUCACUUCUCAGGGUGCAUUUGUUUUUUUUCUUUCUUAAAAGAUCCUUCUUGUUUGUUUUUUCAGUGUAAAUAGAAUGGGAUGUGAAUGAAGUGAUAGCAAUUGUGCCUUCAAACUGGUAAACUUGGUAAAUAACAGUUUCACUUGUACAGCAUCAGUGAUGAAUCAAAUGAGUGGUCUUGUAAUCCUGUAUGUGUAAAAGUUUUUAUUCUCUCUUGCUUUUUAGGUAGUAUAAAGGAGGUUUAAAUUGACAUUUUGUUCAUACUAAUGGAUUUUUUUUUCCUUAUGUUGUGCCUUCUUUAAAUUGUUUUUGUUAGAAACUGCUGUCAAUUGAAAGACAAAUUGAAGUCUGCUUUUUAUUUAGAUUAUGAAACUUAGCUACUGAUAACAGAUAGUUCGAAUAGGUGAGAAUUAAAUGGUAAAGACUUCCACCUAUAGUUGUAUACUGUAACCUUCAAUCAAUGGGUAAGAAGCUUUUUUAGCUAUGGCUUUAUAUGUCUAAGAAGUCUUCCAGCAAGGAGAGGAGAGACCAGGGUUGACGUUUCUGAUAUAUCCAGGGUAAAGAAAACAACAUGCUUUUAGACCUUCUUUAUAUGACACAAAGAAGCAAGAGUAGAUCACUGUCUUUUCAGUUCUAUUUUAUACUUAUGUGUGUAUAUCUAUUUAUAAUAUGUACACAUAAAUUAUAUAUAUACACACACAUGUUUAUAUAUAUGAAAAUUUUUGUAUGUGUGUACAUACCAAUACAUAUAUGUCUAAAUCUCAGAGUUUUUCAUGUAAGAAUUACUUUUGUGAAGUGAAUGUAAAAGCAAAAGAUGUUUCCUAGCAGUUCUGGUUUCACCUGUUGUUUUAUUGUACCUGGAGACAGUUCUCCAGCUGGGCAGCAGGAAAAGCCUGGGCAGGAGGUGUGCUGGAUUUCCUGUGUUGCUUUGCCAAAGUGCCUUUUGGUUUGUCUACACGUGAAAGGUAUUACAGGGUAGGGGGAAUGCAAAUUCCAAUAACAACUGUGGACUGCCUCCUUCUGGAGCAGUCAUAUAGGGGGAAAUCUUUUUUUCAUUUUUUCAUCUUCUCUGUCUUUCUGAAGCACUGUAAAAGAUGUGCUGUGGCAACAGAUGUGCAAAAGAACCCCAUUGCUAACAUGUCCAAAAAAAAAAAAAAAGUCUUUUUCUGAAGUGGUCAUGUUCUUAAACUAAAAUGGGGGUUUCUAUACUUUUUGCAUUAAAUUGGUGUGAGAUGGCAUGUAGCUAGAUAUGUCAUUUUUUUGGUCCUUUUAAAAACUGGUGUGUUAAUUUUACCAUUUAAAGCAUCUUCCCAAAUCCUGAAGUCUUCAAUUCAGUAGUUUGCUUGUAUUCAUAAUCCUGAGUUGUUUGGCUAGGUAGCUCUAUGGAAAUUAUUAAGUACAUUAGCAGCACUUACAUGGAAGAACAGUUUUGCAGAGAUGUUUGGACUUCAUAAUCCCCAGGUACUUGGAGAUUUUGGAAAAUCUUGGAAAUUUCAGACAAAAAAAGAAACAAAAAAAACCCCCCCAAAAAACACCAACUUGUAUUUUCUGCUUGGUUCUUUUCUUAGAGUUCUCGUGCCACCUUUUCCAGAUAAAAGAUGUCCAGUAAUCGUGGCAUACAGUGAUAUAAUUCACCUCACUGAAUGUUAGCUCUCUGAAAGUUAAACAUCUACUUUAAGGGGGGAGUUUGGACACCUCUGGAGAGCUGUUAAUCUCCCCUCUAGGUAGAUAUUUAAAGAAAGUAGAAUGAAUCAUGUUCUGGAGUGCCUCUCUGGAGACUGUGAUUUAGCUCAGGUUAGGUAUUUGGCUUUGAAACACUAAACUCAGAUUAAUUCCAUCUAGCGCUGUACUACCUGUCUUGGAACAGCAAAAAACAAGACUGGAACAACAUCCCCAAACCUCAAAACCCUCCAAAAUCCAUCCAGAAAGCACCAAAUUAAAGAGAUGCUAACAACUUGAAAUGCCAAAUUUUACUUAUGCCCCUGACUCCCUUGCCAAUGACUGUGUCUUGGUUUGUGUUUUGGGGUUUUUUUGUUUGGUUGGGUUGGGUUUUUUGUUUGGUUUGGGUUUUGUUGUUUUGUUGGUGGUUUUUUGAGGGGGAGGCUGUUGGGUUUUUUUGUUGUUGUUGUUUUUGUUGGGUGUUGUGUGGGUUUUUUGGGUUUGGUUUUGGUUUUUGUUUGUUUGUUUAGGGGUUUUUUGAUUUUUUUUUUUUGUGUGUGUGUGUGUGGAAAUGCAUCCCCUUUCCUUGUUCUGAAAAGUCAUGUACCAGACUUGCUAUAUGUAUAGUUUUGUAAAUGCAUGAAAUUAACAGGCAGACUUAAUUAAUGUAUUGCAGCUAUUUUGAUAAUCUUUCAUAGUGCUAUAAUUAAGACUGUGAUUAGUUUAACUUCUCUCCUGUCAUUAGAAAUGCUCCCCACUGUGCAUCUGCAAAAUGCAUACAAUUGUUUAGUCCUGGUACUUACUGUGUAUCCUUAUUGCAUUGUAUGGGUUAAGUGUCCCACGUCACAUCUGCAGGACUUCUAAAUUUACAAAAACUAGAUGAAAUGUAGCAUUUUUAUUACAUGGAGUACAGGGGUGACUUUAUAUAUUGAUUUACAUGUUCCUUAUUACUCUUUUGCAGUUAUCCCAUUAGUUGCAGCUUUUUUAAUUAUUAGACUAGAAAUUCCUGGUUUGAUGCAUCUGUACAUAUCUGUGCUAGACACAGUCAACAUUUCUCCCAAACGAGGGCAUUUGUCCUUCACCGAGGUGAUGAUUUCUGUGAUUUUAAGAUUUCUGACUUGAUAAUGAAAUCCAAGAAGAGCUCUUUACUAAAUAUUACCAAGCAUGGGAUAGGUUGUAGUAAUUGACAUUAGGAAGGGCUGAGGCAUGAGUCUUGCAUGUUACAGACCCUCAUGGUCUGCAGAGAAGGGCCUCAGCAUGAAGUGGAUGUUUUGAAGAAGAUUCAACUUCAGUAAUAGCAGACAAGUGAGAUUUUUCCCUUUUAGCUAAUGGACUAAGUACUGUUACUUUAUUUUGAGUAAUGUAGCUCUGGUUUCUCCCUGUCCUGUUUUCAUUUCAGAAUAAUAAAUGGUACAGUUAGGAGACACAUCCUAAAUUGGAUGAAAUCCUUUGUAAAGAUUUGACUUUUUCAUGUGCAUGUUUUGUUCCCCUUUUCUGAAAACAAACAAAUAAUAAUAAAAUAAAAAACCUUCAACUAUUUGAAAGCUCUCUUUUUCAUUUGAUGCCGAAGAAAUGCAUUUGUCAAGAAAGCUGAGAAAAGAAACAAAUAGGAUUCACCCAGAUUUAUUUGAAACUCAAUGAAAUGUUGGCCAGCACUAUUUGUAAGAAUUUAUGAGGAGUGUCAGUGCGUUGUUCUAGACCUACUGUUACCUUUCCCAGAAAUUUAGUUUCUUGUACAUUCAUAUGCUCAUGCUUCUAAGUCACUGUUUAGCAUUUAGAUGCUCUUAAUGUUGACCUUUUGGCUACAUGCUUGUGCGGUAAUUUCUGAUGUCUCUGUUUCAUUAUGAACUACAUAAAAAUAUUUUUCUUCA